AUGAACGGGAUCGGAGACAACGCCGUGCCGCUCAUCCUCGAGCUCUUGGGGUUGUUUGAGCGGCACGGGCUGGAUUUGGAAAAGCCGCUUCCGGGCCCAGUCAAGGAGACGUUUGCGCGUUCCGCCGUCAACAGGGGAAGCACAGAGGUACUCCGGUGGGGCGUCAGCCGGGGCGUCUCGGUGCCCGACGACAUCCUCGCCCACCGCUGGGUCGACGAGGAGAUGCUAAGGUGCCUGGUCGACGAGGUCGGCUUCAGGGACGCGAACCUCGACGGCCUGUCGAGGCUGAGGCUCGGGCUGCCGGGCCGCUCCGACGACGACGGCGCCGCCACCCUGAGCCUGAUCCGCCGCAUCCUCGACAACCUUCCCGCGCCGCCGGCGCCCGGCCUCGUCUCUAAGGCUUUCUGCGCCGCGGUCGGGACCGGCGACCGCGCCAUGGCCCGGUUCUGGCUCGACCGCGGCGCCGACGUGAACCAGCCCUCGGCGCCCCACGGGGCGAUGACGCCCCUCUUCGCGGCCAUGAGCAGGAACGACGAGGCGCCGGACCCGGGCAUGGUCCGGAUGCUGCUCGAGGGCGGCGGCGACAACGUCGCCGGCCACACUCCCGGGAGGUACGGGGGACGCUCGCCGCUGCUCGCGGCCCUUGCGCACGCCUGCCCGGACGUCGAGGUCAUCCGGAUGCUGCUGGAUAAGGGCGCUGACGUCAACACCAGCUGGAAUGGGAGCGCUCUACACGCGGCUGCUCGCCACGGUUCCCCGGAGAUUGUCCAGCUGCUCAUCGACCGCGGCGCCGGCCUCGAGGCGCGCAACGACAAGGCCGAGACGCCCCUGCUCGCGCUCGCCUGCCCCACCCACCACCACCACGCCGGGCUGGUGGGCUGCGCGCGCGUCUUCGCGUCCGCGGGCGCCGACUUUGGCGCCGUCGACUACCGGGACCGGACGCUGCUGCACCUGCUGGCCGACCCGGAGCGGGCGCUCCCGGUAUGGGUCCCGGACGUGGUCAGGGGCGUGGCCAGGGUCGCCGUCGACAGCGGCGGCGGCGACCUGGAGCGGAGGGACUGGAGCGGCCACACGGCGACGGACCGGUUCAAGGAGCGGUUCGGCGUCCCCCUCGGCGAAUUUCUAGAAGGCGGCGGCACGUGGCUGGAUCCGGUUGCCUUCGCAGCCGUGUUGCGCCAGGCGGCGUCUCCGAGGGGCGGGUCUUGA